GCGUGUCUGUGUGUCGCCCCCGCCCGCCCCCGACGUUCCCCUCAAUCAUCCCCUCCGCCGCUGUCCCCCGCGGCAAGUUUCCUGAUGCCCACCCCCCGCACGGUCUCCGCUGGCUGCCCUCGGCGCUGUGCGGCGGCGGCGCUGGGCCGGGGCCCCGCGGUGAGCCCCGAGGUCUGAGUUGAUCUUACUAACUGCAGCAAUGGUGCAGAAGUAUCAAUCCCCUGUUCGGGUGUAUAAACACCCAUUUGAGUUAAUUAUGGCUGCAUAUGAAAGGAGGUUUCCCACAUGCCCUCUGAUCCCCAUGUUUGUAGCCAGUGACACUGUAAAUGAGUACAAGAGCGAGGAUGAAGCCAUCCAUGUGAUUGAACGGCGCUGUAAGCUGGAUAUAGAUGCCCCAAGGCUAUUGAAAAAGAUUGCAGGAGUGGAUUACGUCUACUUUGUCCAGAAGAACUCUUUGAACAGACGAGAAAGGACUUUGCAUAUAGAAGCCUAUAAUGAAACCUUCUCUAACAGAGUCAUCAUUAACGAGCACUGCUGUUACACAGUUCACCCUGACAAUGAAGACUGGACCUGUUUUGAACAGUCAGCAAGUCUGGAUAUAAAAUCUUUUUUUGGUUUUGAAAGCACAGUGGAAAAGAUUGCCAUGAAGCAGUACACCAGCAAUAUUAAAAAGGGAAAAGAAAUAAUAGAAUACUACCUGAAGCAACUGGAGGAAGAAGGGAUAACUUUUGUUCCUCGUUGGACUCCUCCUGUUGCAUGUAAAUUGGAGAGCAGUACAUCCCACACAAGAAGACCAGUUUCACCUGCUAUCAAUAUACCAGACUCUGCCACAAUGGAGGGCUUGAACAAUAAGGAGAUCCUCAACACCUCCAGCAGCCCUUCGGAGCCCACAGCAGGAACACCUGAUGACAAGCUGGAUGCAGACUACAUCAAGCGGUAUCUGGGUGACUUGACACCAAUACAGGAAAGCUGCCUCAUUCGAUUGAGACAGUGGCUCCAGGAGACACACAAAGGCAAAAUCCCAAAGGAUGAACACAUUUUAAGAUUCCUGCGUGCCCGGGACUUCAACAUCGAUAAAGCAAGAGAGAUCCUUUGCCAGUCACUGACCUGGCGAAAGCAGCACCAGGUAGAUUAUAUUCUAGACACCUGGAACCCUCCUCAAGUACUCCAAGAUUACUAUGCAGGAGGCUGGCAUCACCAUGACAAAGAUGGUCGCCCGCUUUACGUGCUGAGGCUGGGGCAGAUGGACACCAAAGGCUUGGUGCGAGCUCUGGGGGAAGAGGCCUUGCUCCGAUAUGUUCUUUCAAUAAAUGAAGAAGGACUGAGGCGAUGUGAAGAGAACACGAAAGUGUUUGGCAGGCCCAUAAGCUCUUGGACCUGUCUGGUAGAUCUAGAGGGCUUGAACAUGCGGCACUUGUGGAGACCUGGUGUGAAAGCACUGCUGAGAAUCAUUGAGGUGGUGGAAGCUAAUUACCCUGAGACUUUGGGUCGUCUUCUUAUCCUACGAGCACCUCGAGUAUUCCCUGUGCUUUGGACACUGGUUAGUCCAUUCAUUGAUGACAACACACGAAAGAAGUUCCUUAUUUAUGCUGGGAAUGACUACCAGGGUCCUGGAGGAUUGCUGGAUUACAUUGAUAAAGAAAUUAUCCCUGACUUCCUUGGUGGAGAAUGCAUGUGUGAAGUACCAGAGGGUGGGCUGGUCCCCAAGUCCCUGUACCGCACAGCAGAAGAGUUGGAAAAUGAAGACAUAAAGCUUUGGACUGAAACAAUCUACCAGUCAGCAAGUGUCUUCAAAGGAGCUCCACAUGAGGUUCUCAUUCAGAUUGUGGAUGCCUCAUCUGUGAUCACGUGGGACUUUGAUGUGUGCAAGGGCGACAUUGUUUUUAACAUCUUUCAUUCCAAAAGAGCCCCACAGCCUCCUAAAAAGGACUCUCUGGGAGCUCACAGUAUUACAUGUCCUGGUGGGAACAACGUCCAGUUGAUAGACAAAGUCUGGCAGUUGGGGCGUGAUUACAGUAUGGUGGAGUCUCCUCUCAUCUGCAAAGAAGGGGAGAGUGUGCAGGGAUCCCAUGUGACCAGGUGGCCUGGCUUCUAUAUUCUCCAGUGGAAAUUCCAUAGCAUGCCUGCCUGUGCUACAACCAACCUGCCUCGUGUGGAUGAUGUGUUAGCAUCACUACAGGUCUCCUCUCACAAGUGCAAAGUGAUGUACUAUACAGAAGUGAUAGGAUCUGAAGAUUUCAGGGGAUCUAUGACCAGCCUUGAAUCGAGCCACAGUGGAUUCUCCCAGCUGAGUGCUGCCACCACCUCUUCUAGCCAGUCACAUUCCAGCUCCAUGAUUUCCAGGUAGUGCCACAAGAGAUGAAAAGCAAGUGGAUGAGAUGGCUGGACCCUCGCCUGUGGCAGCUGACUGCAAUACAGCAUAUUCAACUGGCAAUUGUGCAAAAAAACCCCACCCCACAAAAGCCUUUUCUAGAUAGUCAAGUAGCUGUUUGAAUUUUAAACUUAGUGGUUUUGAUCCUUGAUAGAUCCAACAGCUUGUCUCUUUAACCCUCUUUCCUAACUCAGCCAUAAAUGUAUUUGCAAGUGUGCACAAAUCCUAACUCUGAACACAAGGGCUCUCGUUGAAAAGAAAAAUAACCAGUUCAUCAGUUGAUUGUUUUUAAACUCUGUAAAUGUUAAAGCAAAAAAAAAAGAGAAACCCUACCAAAAAUGUUCCUUAAUGCAUUAGAGAUCAACUGCAAGUCUCCUGUCAGGACAUUCCUUGCAUCUUAAGAAAUCCCCUGUGAUCUUCCAGUGCUGCAAACUCUUUUCCUCUUACCACUAAAGUGAUGUCUGAGACAAAAGCAGUUGCUGGAUACUUGACUUUGUGAGUCCAUUCUUUUCAAAGCAUGCCCACAGAGCUGUGGACAGACUGUAAACACUAAUAACCUUUUGUAUGAGCACAUUUAGGGGGAGAAUUUGAGCUCUGGGUCUUGAUGGGUUAAAGCAAUUCAUUCUUUUCCUUGAAUUUGUGCUUGAAGCACUGUGGAGAGAGAGGCAGAGAGCAGGCUCUCCCUUGCUGUGUCACACUGGGCUGAUCCAGAGUUGGUCUGAGGAUUUGUUCCCACCUCUGUGCUGGAGCUUCACUUCCUUAAUACACUCCAUAGGAAUUGAUUUUACUCAGAGACUUCUCUUGUCAGGAAUUUAUGCAGAACUUGAGCUUGCUGCUUAAAUUAGUCUAAAGGAGAUAUGGCUCACACCCUUCCAUGCACUUCUCAAUGCCUCUUGUCUCCUGUCCUUCCCUGUGCACGUCAGAAAUAGACUGCUUUGGUUCUGAGUGGUGGAAGCUUUGAUGUAGGCAGAAAGCAGAGGGAUUUUCCCUUGAAGUGGUCGUUGAAGACAGUGUAAGCAGUGCCAACUCAACCACAUUCACUUUUGCCACUCCAGUGGUGAACUGGUGUAUUGGAUUUUGCCCCUACUCUACCCAGGCCCAAGCACUCCUACCUGAACUCUUGUUGUUAACGUUUGUUCAGAUGUUCUUUCCCACUGAGCCCAGCAAAAGGCACAACAGCCUGAAGUGCUGAGCAAAGGCCUGUUUCUAGAUAGCUGCAAACCACACCUGGCAGUGUAGCAGAGAAGAUUCCAGUCUGAAAUGCAAGCAGGAUUUUUGUAGUUAGACCCUGCCUGAUCUUUCCACACACCCUCUUAGAGCUCAACUAUUUAUGUGUGACUGUCCCUUAGGCUGCCCAGAUGUGCUGUUGUGUGAGCCAGGCACCACUUUGGUGUCCAGCAGCUCCCUGUGCUGUAGCUCUGGGCUCCUGCUAUGAGCUGUCUACUCAAGGGCAGCCCCACAUGCUGCAGAGGUGGUUUCAUUCUUGACAUGCAGGAUCCCAUGUUCCCAAGCACAGGGGAGCAGGAGGCACAGAGAGCUUAAUGUAAUGACGCUUGUUGCUCUUGGCAAAUGCCACUUUCCAUCUACCAGGCUGUCUAGGGUUGAAGAUGGUCCCCUUUCUUUCUUUCUUUCUUUCUUUCUCUCUCUCUCAGAUGGCGAUUUUGCUGACAACUCUAAAGAAACUGCUUCAUUCAACACUCCACAUCUGUCCAGAGGUGUCUGGCUUUGUAGAGCUUUGAGUUGCAGUCACUUUUUCAAGUCUGAAGAUCUCUGUUUUGUUUUUUCACUUGAGCUGGCUCAAAAGUGGCACUUUGGGAUUUCCCUGCUGUUAAUCUUAACACAUCUUUCAGAGCUCAAAGCACAUGACAGCACAAACAGCUGUGGGGAGGUGGAAUUCCAGCAAAACAAUAGUUCAUCCUCCUCUAAGCAAAGUGCUGUGGCAAUAUGACUUGAUUACUGCAGUCUGAUUCAUUUCCCAUAACCUGGUCUUUUGUUGUGUGAUAUUAUCACUCUUCUUUCUCUCAACCAAUGACUCCUUUUGGCUUUUUUUUUCCCCUGUUCUCAAUGUCCUCCUGCACUUUCCUGUCUGUACUCAUGAACUGCAUAUCAAAUCCUGUAUAUGUUUUGUAUACGUAAUACCUCAUUCUUGGUAAUAAAAUACAGAUAGUCUUUAAAA